AUGAAAACAGUGUAGAGUCAUUAUAGUUAAUUCUCUGAAACUGAAUUGGUGUCCUGUGGAUUUGAUGAAUUCAGAAUAUGGGAUAAAUAUAUAUAAUCAGUUGCUAAUAAAGGGUAUAAAAUACAUUUAAUAAAUGAUCAAAAAUUGUCUUUGGGUAACUAUGGAUGUAGAUAUUGAUGAAGUUUUAGUAUUUGAAUUAUAGAGUGGAGUUUUAAAUAAAAUACUAAUAAAACUAUCAAAUUAACUAAAAAUAAUAAAAGUGAGGAUGAUAUGAAUUUUCAAAUCUUACAUAAUUAAGAAAAAAAUGUAUUAUUGAUAAGAUAUAAAUAUCAUAUCUAUUUGUUUAGAUAAUUAGUCGAUGGUAUACUUAAGGUUGAUAAAUUAUUAAAUUGUUAGAUUAAAUAGAUUUUUCGAAAUAUAACUCACAAUGGAGAGUAUUUAGUAUUUUGGAUCUGA